AUGCCUAACCAACUCAAUUUAAAGGAAAGGCAGAUCAAGAUUUGGUUUCAAAAUCGGAGAAUGAAGUACAAGAAAGAUGAAAGGUUUAAGGGACUGUGCUCUUCAUCAGGUAGCCCAGAAACUCUUACCAGCCUUCGUUAUAUUAAUGCAAUGGGUGAUGAUGAUGAUUAUGACGCUGUUUCCCAGCCUCCUUUAAAGGUGCAAUAUGUAACUUUUUGGGUGACCAACCAAAUUCACAUAGAAAUAUGAGCUAUAGAUCUGUCAUUCUCAUGACAGCAAGUCUAAGAAGCAGUAGAUCUGUUCUAUUUGCACUAUUUCUAUGCUUCCCGUUCUUAAGUUUCGUUUUUGAAUUUUUUUACUUUAGGUUUUGUACACCAGCUGAAAAUACAAUAUUUUGGAUUAUUGACUCUAUAUUUCACAGUGGUUUAGAUGGUACAAUGAUUCUCUACACUAUGCAUUGCUUGUUUUGUCACAUAAACUGAAAUUUGGGGAACUAUUAGAAGUUUAGCAACCUUGAAAGGGCAGAGUGAUAUCUGCAUAUUGCACUUUUAAAAGCUAUUUGAUGUAAAGUCCCCUGUUUAGGGGACCUGCUUGGUUCUGGUACCGGUUCCAACUGACAUUUCUGCUUAUAAAUCGAUAUGGGGACACCAUAGAUCGAAAUGGCUUGCAUUGAGCUGUAGCCCUGUUUCUCACGGACACAGGAGUAUGUAUAUUCUGCCUGUAUGAAGCAGGAUGUGAAAUCUGACACCACUUGAAGCGGGGAUGUCCCUCCUACCAUUUCAUUUGCUCUUCCGACUGUUCAUCAACUCCGGGCUGAACCAUAUGUCACAGCCACUAACAACAUGCCUGGAAUCCGUACAUCGUAAGGCAGAAGGAGAGAGUGGUGUCGUUGCUGUAGCACAUUCAGAGAUCGAGUUAUAGCCAGUAAUCUAAAAUAAUUAAUCGAUUUUAAACAAAACCACUUUCUGUUUGUCAUGGAUGGACAAGAUGAAUAUGAGAUGAAAGGCGUUCCUAAGGAGUUCAGUAAACUAAGCUAGAGCUCUUUGAGACGUUCACAGCAAUGGGGGCAGCAGACGUUAUGAUAAAGAGAGACCUUUAGAAAAUAUGCACAUUUUCUCUUAACUCUUAAAUAUACAAAUAUGUAUUUUACAGUUAUAAGGAAGGUGAAAUCUUAUGGUUAGUAGUUUUAUAAAUUGAUUUUACUAUAUUUAGAAAAAAUAUGUGAAGCCUUAUACAGUUUUGUUGAAUAGGAAAUACUGUUUCAUAUUUCAUGUUUUCACAUUUUUAUCAUAGUUGUACUGUGUACUUGACCUUGUCCUCAAAAGUGACUACACCUCAGCCAUUUAUAACUGUUUUUACCAGAAAGGUAAGAUUUGAAAUUUCUUGGAGUAUGCAGCAUUACUAGUUAUUGUUUAUGGCCCUCUCAUGAUAAAUAAUUAUUUUGUGGAUUAAGUAGAUUACAUUUAGUUCAAUUUAAGAGUUCAAAGCUUCAACAAAAAGAUUAUGUCAGUGCAUCAGUCUAUCCAAACUCAAUGAAAGCCCAACAGAAAUAUGGCAACACAACAUCAGAAUAUGCUCCAUGCAGUAUGCAGGACAAUUAUAGUAUUUUAUUCAUAAUGCUCAAGAUGGCCCUGUUUAUGUUGACCUGAACUUGCCAUUCACUGCAUAUGGGAUAAAUAACGUGUGUAAUAAUACUGCACAGAUGACAUCAAGUCAACAACAUCCUAAACAUACACUGUGA